AUGUGGCCGGGUGUGUUCCUGCUGUCCCUGUGCAUGGUGCCCACCCAUGCCCAGUUUCCCCGGGUUUGCAUGACGCCCGAGGUCCUGCGCAGCGGCGCCUGCUGCCCGUCACCCUCCGGUCUGCCAGACGACGAAUGCGGGUCCGGGACUGUGCGGGGUCGAUGCGUCCCGGUGGUCGCUGACCGGCGUCCGCACGGACCGCAGUACCCACACGACGGACGGGACGAUCGGGAGAGAUGGCCGCUCCGGUUCUUUAACAGGACGUGUCGGUGUAGCGCCAAUUUCAGCGGGUACGACUGUGGACGGUGCAGGCACGGGCUGACCGGGCCCGAGUGUGACCGGACAGUCCGGGUCGUUCGUCAGGACAUCAUGCAGAUGUCUCCAGAAGAGAAGCGGGCGUUUAUCGACGCUCUUCAUCAAGCUAAGACGAGCGUCCACCCACACCUGGUGAUCUGCACGCGGCGCUACGAGGAGAUCUUCGGCCCGGGCGGAGACUCGGUCCAGUGUGAAAACAUCACGAUCUAUAACCUCUUCGUCUGGAUUCAUUAUUUUUCUGUGGGGAAGACGUACAUGGGUCCUGGAGAGCAGAGUUUCGGGGGCGUGGACUUCUCUCACGGAGGUCCGGGGUUCUUGACGUGGCACCGCUUUCACCUGCUGCGGCUGGAGAUGGACCUGCAGGAUUUGCUCGGAGACCCCACCUUCGCUCUGCCCUACUGGAACUUUGCAGUGGGAGGAAACCAGUGUGACGUCUGCAAGGACGACCUGCUGGGAGCCAGAAGCAGCUUCGAUGAGAACAGCAUCAGCUCCAACUCUGUGUUCUCACUGUGGAGGGUGAUCUGUGAGGACGUGGAAGAGUACGAGAACCAAGGGACCAUCUGUAACAGUACGGAAGGCGGCUCAAUAAGACGGAACCCCGGUGGUAAUGUGGCACAACCGGCGGUCCAGAAACUCCCGGAACCUCAAGAUAUCAUCGACUGCCUGGAGCUCAGAGAGUUCGAUACGCCGCCGUAUUAUUCCACGUCGUCCGCGAGCUUCAGAAACACCAUCGAAGGUUACAGCGCCCCCGGGGGAACCUACGACCCUCUAGUGCGCAACCUCCACAACCUGGCUCAUCUGUUCCUGAACGGCACGGGAACUCAAACCCACCUGUCGCCCAACGACCCCGUUUUCGUGCUGCUGCACUCCUUCACCGACGCCGUCUUCGACGAGUGGCUGCGCCGGCGCCACCCCGGGGCGGCAGCUUACCCUGACGAGAACGCUCCCAUCGGUCACAACCGACACUUCAACAUGGUUCCUUUCUGGCCGCCAGUCACCAACGCGGACAUGUUCGUCCCCGCCUCGGACGGUCUCGGGUACACCUACGAGGUCCAGUGGCCGACUCAGCCGUACACCGUGUCUGAGAUCAUGACCAUCGCUAUCGUCGUCAUGGUGCUGGUGGUGAUCAUCGUCGGCGGAGCCGUCACGUGCCUCGCCAGAGCGUGUGGCUCGUCGGAAGGGCAGGAGCCGCUGCUCGGGGAACGCUUCCGCCACUACGCUGGAAACGAUCGUCGGGAGGAGAAGUACCGCUCUGCAGUCUGAAGAUGGAAAUCCAGAUUCAGAACGAAAUUCUGGAUAUUUGUUCUUGUUAGCAGCUAGAUUGAAAUUUAGCUUGUUACGAACCUUUGAAUAGUCCAGGAGUUGAAUAACGACAUUUUAAGCGAUUCUGCAUCUACAGUCCAUAAUAUUAUUAAAGAA